AUGAGAAUACAACUGAACAAAAUUGAUAUGCAAUGUAUUUUUGCGCUUUCUUGCUUAAGCCAACUUGUACAGGGGGAAGCUAAUUCGAAAGAUUUAAGACAAAUCGACUUUAAAUUUCCUGUACUAGAGAGAGCUGCUACAAAAACGGCUUUCCCAGAGUGGCUUAGUGCAUUUACUGGAUUAAAGGAAUGGCCUGGGUUAGACCCUCCUUAUAUACCUUUAGAUUUCAUCGAUUUCAAUCAAAUUCCGGAUUACAAACCAUAUGAUCAGAAUCACUGUGACCCUGUUCCAAGAGAAUCAUGCUCUUUCGACUGUCAUCAUUGCAUUGAGCAUGACGAUGUGUACACAUGUUCUAAACUUUCUCAAACAUUUGACGAUGGUCCCUCUACUUCUACUACUAAACUAUUGGAUCAAUUGAAGCACAAAUCCACAUUUUUUAACUUAGGAAUCAAUAUAGUGCAACAUCCAGAUGUAUAUCACAGGAUGCAAAAAGAAGGUCAUUUAAUAGGCUCACAUACUUGGUCUCACGCAUAUUUGCCAAAUAUAUCAAAUGAAAAAAUUAUAGCCCAAAUUGAAUGGUCCAUCUGGGCAAUGAACGCUACUGGUAACCAUACACCCAAGUGGUUCAGACCACCUUAUGGUGGAAUAGAUAAUAGAGUGAGAGCAAUUACAAGGCAGUUCGGCUUACAAGCUGUUUUAUGGGACCACGACACUUUUGAUUGGAGCCUCCUUCUCGAUGAUUCUGGAACAACUGAACAAGAAAUCCUCCAAAAUGUCAUAAACUGGAAUAAAACAGGUACUGGAUUAAUAUUAGAACAUGAUUCAACAGAAAAAACUGUCAAUCUUGCCAUUAAAAUUAAUGAUGUUAUUGGUAACGAUCAAUCAACUAUUUCUCAUUGUGUUGGCGGAAUUGAUUACAUCAAAGAGUUUUUGUCCUAA